AUGCAGAAGGUGGAAAAAUGCUCAGGGGGCGAUCAUGAGGUGAUAAUAGGAGUGGUGUCGUUCCAUGGGGAAUCACCCAUAGAAAUACGAAUCGGUGAGGGAUGCGGGGACAUUGCAGCUUCUUCGUGCGCGGGCCAGAGUCCGGAAAGUCUGCUUCACAGCUUCACUGCUUACUACCUCUUUUAUCUGGUGGGAGCAGUCUCCAUCUUCAUCCCAUUCAUCACGGGACAGGGGGCUCUGAAUCUGCUGCCAUGGCUGCUCAGCUUCAGUGGAAUUCUAGCACUGCUGCAGUUCUCUUGCGUGCGCAAGGCUCCUGGUUCCAACGCCAUUCUCCUCAUCGCCACGCUGCAUUUGACCACCGGCGUGUGGAUGCUCAGGAGGCCUAGAGUAAGCCCCGCAGCAGUGGCGUACAUGAUCGAAGUUUGGUUCCUGAUCCACGGAUCGUUGAAGCUCUGGAUCUCCUUACAAGUACGGAAGCUGACGACUUGGCCCGCCUUGUUUGCUAGCGGCUGCUCGUCCAUCGUCUUGGCAUGCGUUGUCCACCGCCUCUCCCCCAAGUACGGCCUCUCCCUGGUCGACAUUUACGUCCGGGUCGAGCUCUUGUUCACGGGAUGCGCCAGUGCUCUCCUCUUGUACUCCAUCAUAGCUUUCCUCUGGAAUCAGAGGCCCUCGCACCACGACGAUACGUAG